UCAAAGACACACAUGCGCCAAUCCCUGACCAGACAGCAGACCAACGACCUGGGUACCCCGUGGUCCGAUAUCGUCUUUUAGAGGACGCCUUGCCCAUCUGCGACAGAGAGAGGCUGUUGGACAAAAUUAAGUGACUGAAACUUCCACAAUGCUCGGAGCAGUCAAAAUGGAAGGACACGAACAUUCAGACUGGAGCACCUAUUACGGAGAACCCGAGUGUUACACUUCCGUCGGAAACAUGAACGCUGGACUGGGAAUGAACACUAUGAACGGCUACAUGAGCAUGCCGGGCAUGACCACAACGUCCAACAUGACAAGCAGCUCCAUGAACAUGUCCUACGUGAACACGGGCAUGAGCCCCUCAAUGACUGGCAUGUCACCCAGCACCGGAGCCAUGAAUGGUAUGGGCGCGGGGAUGGCGGGCAUGACCGCCGCUCUCAGCCCAAACAUGAGUCCAAUGUCUGCGCAGCCUCCGUCAAUGAACUCCCUGACGUCCUACAACAACAUGAACGCUAUGAGCCCCAUGUACGGACAGUCGAAUAUCAACAGAUCCCGGGACCCCAAAACGUACAGAAGAAGCUACACGCACGCCAAGCCACCUUACUCGUAUAUUUCUCUCAUCACGAUGGCUAUCCAACAGUCUCCAAGCAAAAUGCUCACUCUGAGCGAAAUCUACCAGUGGAUCAUGGACCUCUUCCCCUUUUACCGUCAGAACCAGCAACGCUGGCAGAACUCUAUUCGGCACUCCCUGUCUUUCAACGACUGUUUCCUCAAAGUGCCUAGAUCCCCGGAUAAGCCGGGAAAAGGCUCCUUCUGGACGCUCCACCCAGAUUCGGGGAACAUGUUUGAAAACGGCUGCUAUCUAAGGAGACAAAAACGGUUUAAGUGCGACAAAAAGUGCGGCAAGGAGUCAGGCAGGAAAACGUCGGAGGGUGGAUCUAACAGCAGCUCAGAGAGCUGCAACGGCAACGAAUCCCCCCAGUCCAAUUCGUCCUCGAGUGACCAGAAAAGGUCCUUGUCGGACAUGAAGUCCGGACAGGCACUGAGCCCAGAGCACACGUCCUCACCGACUACACAAGCGCAGCACCUUCUGUCGCAGCACCACUCUGUCCUCGCUCACGAAGCACACCUGAAGCCGGAGCACCAUUACUCAUUCAAUCAUCCUUUCUCCAUUAACAAUCUAAUGUCCUCGGAACAACAGCAUCACAAAAUGGACUUGAAAACCUAUGAACAAGUGAUGCAUUACUCUGGGUACGGUUCCCCAAUGACGGGGGCACUAUCUAUGAGUUCAAUGGCGAGUAAAGCGGGACUAGAUUCGCCAAUGUCCGCUGACACUUCUUACUAUCAAGGUGUGUAUUCCAGACCCAUCAUGAACUCCUCUUAAAUUUCCCUGCUGCAGGUGGACAUUUUCCAAAUAUUUGUACAUUUGUAAAAUUAUAGUUCGGGCACAUGCAUUCCCUUUAUUUUUCAUCAUUUUUUAUUUUUCCCACUGAAUUUAGUUGUCAGGUUUGUUUAGUAAUUAUUUUGUAAUGGAUUGUUAAUAUGUGACAAAAUCUGUUGUUUCCAGGCUGACGCGGUGGUUUUUAAUACAGACCAAAAAUAACUAACUGUUGUAAAAUAAGGCUGAAGAUACCGA